AUGAUUUUUGGAGGGAAUGAAAUCAACAGUGUAACCUUCUCGGCGGACAAGAAGAUAAAGGUAUCAAUGACCCAUAACAAGAGACUCCGAGAAGUCUCCGAAGACGACAUCACCUUCACAGAGGAAGACGCAGACGGACUUCUUCUGUCGCAUAAUGAUGCCCUGGUAAUUUCUCUUAAUGUUCUAGAUUUCAAGAUUAAGCGUGUUUUGGUUAACCUAGGAAGCUCAACCAACAUAAUUCAAUGGAAAGUACUUGAACAAGCCAAAUUAACCGGAAGUAUCAUUCUGGCAACAAAGCUCCUUGCCGGGUUCAACUUGGCAAGUGUGAUAACCCGAGGAAAUAUCCUGCUGCCUACGAACGCCGAAGGGGUAACAAAGACUACCUUAUUUGAAGUGGUGGACGAUGACAUGGUCUACAACAUAAUUCUCGGUAGUCCAUGGUUACAUGAGAUGAAGGCCGUACCAUCAAUGUAUCACCAACUACUGAAAUCCUCGACCCCAAAGGGAAUCAAGCAAAUAAGAGGAGACCAACCGACAACAAGAGAAAUAAAUGCAAUAUCAAUUUCCAGUAGUAAGGGGAAGGAGCCCAGCAAAUAG